CUUGAAAGAGCCUGAACCAAACACAAUUUUUCAUAGCAGUAAACGAGCAGAAGUAGACGACUGGAAAAGCUCACCGGUCGGUGACUUUUUUUAACAGAUUGGCUUGAUUUGUUGACAUGGCGAGUGGAAAAAACAACAAACAGUAUGGGCUGAUUUUGCCCACCAAAGGCUAUACAGUUCGAGCCCCUACCAGAAAAAAUGUCUUUGGAGAUGACAGCGAUUCUGACUCAGAUGGGGGUGGAGGUGGUGAUUGGGUUAAAAAGUCAAUGAAGCUUGAGGCCCAAAAGAGUACCCUUAAACGAACAACCAAGAACCAGAUGAAAAAAGCCCUUGCCGAAGACCCUACAGUAUUCCAGUAUGAUGAAGUUUACGAUGAUUUAGAACAGAAGAAAGAGGAGGCCACAGCUGCCAAGAAGGGCGUUGAAAAGAAGCCUCGCUACAUACAAGCUCUUCUUCAAACUGCUGAAAAACGGAAGAAAGAAAAUGAGCGACGUAUUGAACGCCAGGUGCAAAAAGAACGUGAAGAGGAAGGAAACCAAUUUGCUGAUAAAGAGAGCUUUGUUACUUCUUCGUAUCGUGAUAAACUGGAAGAAUUUAAGAAACAGGAAGAGGAAGAACAAAGAAUGGAAAGACUUGAAGCUAUUGGAGAUGUUACCAAACAGAAAGAUCUCACUGGAUUCUAUAGGCAUCUUUUAAGACAGACUAUGGGGGAAAGUUUGCCUGGAUCAAGUGAAGCCAACAAUCCAGAAAACACCAGUACAAGUGAUGUUAAGGAAACUCAAGAGGACUCUGCCCCAAGUCUUAAGGAUGGAAAAGCGACUGUGAAAAAGGAUGAACGUAAGAAAGACCGUCAUUACCGUAAACGCCGGUCCAGCUCUUCUGACAGUAGUUCUGACAAUGAUGAUAAGCCUAAAAAUCAAAAAGAGAAAAAUGUUGAUGCUGAUUCUGAUUUUACUGGUUCUGCAAGCAGUAGUUCUGAAAGUGAGAGUGGUGCUACUGGAAGUGGCUCUGAGGAAGGGGAAAUUGUAAAGAAGAAGAAGAGUGACCCUCCUAAGUCUGGAAAGCCAGAAAAGGUUGAAAAGAAGAAGCGGAAGAUUGAUAAGGUAGAUGAAAAGAAGAAAACAUUUAUUGAAACCCCAUCUACAAUUAAAGAAGAACCCCUCUCUCCGAAAGAGGCAGAAGAAGGCAAAGAGAUUAAUGGUGGUGAAAAGAAUAAUGAGGAAAUGGUGGAUAAUGUUAAACAAGAGUCUGAUUCUGAUAGUGUUAGUGAUAAGGUUGAAAAAGAAGUGAAACCCAAGAUUGAUAUUUGGGCAAAGAGGACUGUUGGAGAGGCAUUUGAUGAUGCCGUCCAAAGGUACUAUGAAAGAAAAGCAGCAAGAACAGCAUCAGGUAGAGCUUAACAUCAACAGAUUGUGACUAAAUUAAUUUGUGAAUUUUAAAUUUAAGGAAAUUUACCUAUUAUUAAUUCUUAAGUUAGUACAGGGUUCAGGUAAUUCUUAUUGUUACAAAACUAUGUGUGUAUAAUUAUCUUCAUCAUCAUUGAUAAGUAAAUCCUCUAAAUGUC